AGCUGUCAGCUCAGAGCUCAGGACUCUCACAGGAGAGUUACUUAUCAUUUUUGUUUUAAAUCGUCCUCUGUCCAAGCAUGGAGCCAAAAACGAAUGAGAGAAACUAUAAAUACCACUCAGUAGCAGGUUGCCACCUGAAGCUGAAUGACCUGAAAGAAGUAGCUCAGGAUUUGGAUAACCGGUACCUGAAGAAAGAAAACAUCCCUCUUUACCCCCAGCCUGAGUUUCAUGUGUCUCACCUGAAACACGACACAAACCGAGCUGGAUUACAGGGCAUCUGGGAGAUGCAGGGCUUUAUGAACCCCUCUGCCAGCUCCCUGCUGUGGUGGAGUCUGGCUGUGGGUCCAAAGGAGGUAAUGUCAGCUGAGAGGAGGCUCCUGGAGACCACCUACCCGGACCGGACCGAGAGGCAGGUCCAGAUGCAGCAGAGCUUCCUGCAGAUGUUUGCUUCCUCCCCUGCCUUCUUGAGCAGCUCCAGACUCGGCUCAUAUCGCUUCACCUUCGGCCUGGAGGAGGUGCUGAGGGCCUACAGCAACCAGUUUUGUGGUGGAGCAGAGCCCAUCAUGCGAGUGCUGAGGACCGACCUGUACAAACAGGAAGUGAUGUACGCUGUGGUGGUUCACAGCCCAGCCCAUCAGCAGCUGUACGAUAACCAUCCGUUACUGACAGACGACCCAGACUCUGUCUGCGCUUACAAAGAUGGCCUCUUCCUGUGGAGGUCUGAGGCCAUGUGUGAGACGCACAGUUAUCAGUUGGUUUGUAGAGAAGAUGAAAAUCAGAUGGGAGCGGAGCGCUGCUCAGGGUGGCCACAGUUCUAUGUUUGGGAUCAUGUUGCCGUCGCUCUGCAUGUGGAUGACCAGGUGCUGAAAUUUGAUGUGGAUCAACUGAGAAAGAGGCUGACGUUCUGUGACAGAGGAAAACCUGUGAUCGCAGAAGAGUUUGAUCGCAUCGAGAAAGCAGAAGAGUUUGUGAGCGUGUUCUGGCCCAACUAUCCUUCAGCACUGAAGAAAGAUGAUGGUCUUCACAUUGAUGAUGGAGACAGUGACAGAAACAUUGACCGUGACGUUGAUGAAGACUGAGACGAACACUCUCUCAUCACUCCUGACGUGUGUGCGAGUCGUUACGGCCGACUUAUUCAGUUAAAAGACGACAAACAGCUUCUAGCCUCCGCAAACCUGACUGGACAUAUUCACACGUGUUAUCAGAACUCACAAACUUUUUUGUGUUUGAAUUAAACUAUAUUCGAUAAAGCGCCUCUCUGGAGCAUUUAAAGCAUGUAGCAGAUGUUUAAUAAUGAUCUAUUUUAGAUUUAAUCAUCCCUCAAGAAUUUAAGAUCUUUUAACCCAAUCACAGAUUUUAAGAAUCCUUCAGAUUAUAAUUUAUUUCACUUUAUAUCCUGUAACAGUCUCAGACUCUGUCGUAUUUGAAACUGUCAUGAAGAGAUUCAAGCAAACAGACGAAUGUCCUUGUAGCCAAAUGAUCUAAAGGGUUAAGGUUCUUUUUCAGUCUCACUGUUCAUUUGUUGGUUAGAUUUUUCAGAUUCAGACACACUUUGUAUUACGUUUGUCAACAUGAUAAUAACAAUUAUUCCCCCCGUUUUUAUUUAACCCUUAAAUCCUGCACUGCUACAGAUGUGACCAUUUUCGACUUUGUUGAUUAAAUCUCAUGUGUGAUUUGUUUGAUUUUUUUUUUUUUCAUUCAUUUAAUUUCCUCAUGUAUUUGUCUUUUAUAUUAUAUUAGGUAGACCUGGAGUGUCUUAUUACUGCUGUUGGAAAUGUGUAUCUGUUGUUAAUGGGUCAUUGCUGUGUGAAGUCUGGUACCAGUAAUUAAAUUCAUUCAUUAAAGACACAGAAGAAGAGAGUA